AUGAUUGUGUCCGACAAUGGACCACAAUUUACCUCAACCGCAUUCAAGGAAUACUGUGAAAAACAAGGAAUGCUACACAUUCGAUCUUCUCCAUACCAUCCACAAACGAACGGCCUAGCAGAGAGACUUGUCCGAUCUUUCAAAAACAGAAUGUCAUCGAAUAGUAACGAGGAUUUAUCAAUAAGACUAAAUGAAUUCCUUUUUAAUUAUCGCAACACACCACACACAACUACUGGAAAAGCUCCUGCAGAAAUAAUGUUUGGCCGACGACUUAACUGUCUCCUGUCGAAUAUUAGACCAAACCCGAGACAACAAUUAAGUUAUCAACGGAUCAGGGAAACGAUCGAACAGCAUAGAAGCGAACCAAAUUUUAAUCUAAACAUCCUUCCAAACCAAACAUCCAUCCAAGACAAGAAAAAACUUGGCAACCAGCUGUCAUUAAAGAUAGAAAACAUAAAUAUUCAUAUAUUGUAUCUACAGCAAAUGGAGAGAAGCGAAGGCACGCCGACCACAUUCGACCCCGCUGGGGGAAGGCGAACGCAACACCAAUAUCAGUGCCUAUCAAUUUUCAACCAAGAGCUAGCAGCCUUCCAAACAACACUCUAA